AUGUCAGCUCAACCAGUUGCCGCGGACGCAGCAUCCGUUUCCGAUGAGAAGCGGGAGAGCAAGACGUUCGGUGUACCUCUUAACUAUUCGGAAAGUCAUGCAAAUGGCAUCAUUACAACCAUCGAUGGUGUGGAUACCGCCACCUUGCACAACCAUGAAGUGAUCAACAAGGCAAUCGAAGCCAUUGGGUUCGGCAAAUUCCAGUGGCAGUUGACAUUUUCUUGCGGCUUCGGGUUUCUGGUCGAUCAGAUGAUUCUCGUCUCCAUCAGUCUCGUCACUCCCCAAGCUGCCAUGGAGUUCGGCCCUCGAUACGCAACCCUCCUAUCCGCAUCCUUAUAUGCCGGCAUGCUGUUCGGCGCCGUUGUUCUUGGUGGACUGGCAGACAAUAUCGGCCGCAGGCUCGUCUGGCAACUGUCCAUUUUUGGUUGCUCUAUCGUCACCACUAUUGCUGCCUGUUCACCGAACUGGGCUGCCCUUAAUGUUUUUAUUGUCUUGAUCGGUUUAUUUGCAGGUGGAAAUCUUGCUAUUGACUUGACUAUUCUAGCAGAAGCCAUUCCUCAACAAUGGUCCUUCAUUCUCUCCAGUCUCGCUUGCAUUUGGGGCCUUGGCAACGCCAUCACAGGACUCAUUGCUUGGCCAAUACUUGUCAACUUCGGAUGCCCCAGCGGCUCUACCCCCGCCAACUGCAGCAAGGGCGACAAUAUGGGUUGGCGGUACCUUUAUAUCAUUCUUGGUGGCCUGUGUCUAGUCAUGUCUCUCAUCCGAGCCUUUGUCCUACGAUCUACCGAGUCGCCAAGAUGGCUUAUUUCUUGUGGCCGCAUGCAAGAGGCUGCUGAGGUUAUCAACAACAUCAGCAAAACGAAUAAAUCUGACUACCACAUAAUGGAGGAUCAGUUCAUGCCGAUCGACAGACAUGAGGCGAACACCGAGGUUCGCUCAUUGCGCGCCAAUAUCCACCGGGCUGCGAAGCUCUUUUCCGGUCCUAAACAACUCCGCCUUAUGGUUGGACUUCUUAUGAUCUGGGCUCUGAUUGGAAUCGCAUAUCCACUCUACACCAUCUUCCUACCUUACUAUCUGGCGGCCAAUGGCGCCAACUUUGGUGAACAGAGCAAUUACACAACAUAUCGCGACUGGACCAUUUCUUCCAUCGUAGGAAUUUUUGGUCCUGUUCUCAGCACCAUCUUGGUAUCAUUACCCUGGUUCAAGUCUAGAAGGUCGAUGCUACUGACAGGAAUAAUUUGUGCUGCCUUCUCAGGUGCCUUCACGUCUGUCAGGACUGCCGGAGAAAAUCUUGCAUUUUCGAGCAUGACCGGCUUUUCCCUAAACGCUCUCUACGCCAUCGUAUAUUCAUAUACCCCUCAAGUUCUCGAGGUUCAGAAUCGUGGUCUUGGUACAGGUGUUUUGAUGGCGACUGGGAGACUGGCAUCGCUCAGUGCGCCUUUCAUAGCUACAUUUGCUGAUGUCACUACUUCAGCGCCUAUCUGGGUUGCCUGUGCUUGCUUCCUGGCCAUUGGACUUAUCGCAAUGGUUCUGCCAGUUGACACCAUGCCUUAUGUUUCUAAGUCACGAGAAGUGGAAAGUGUUAGAUCAUAA